UGCCCGUGUUUGCCCUUGCCGGGACCAUGGCGAGCACCGGAGGUCACGGCACACAUGGGGCCAGGGCCACCAGCAGGCAGUGCCGGGUGGGGGCUGUGCUCAGCCGGUGCUGCCCAUCGGGCUGGACCCCAGCAGCAACCCGAGCCCACCCCCAGGGACGAUCCGGGGGCUCCUGUGCCAUGGCGGCAAGGCCCCAUGGGGCCGGGGCGCUCCCACAUCCCUGCUGGGGCUGGGGAAGGCUCCGCUCCGCGGUGUCCCUGCAAGGGCCACCUCUCUGGAGCUGUCAGCCUGUUCCCACUGGCACCGCGCUGGCUGCCGCCACCCCGACUCCCCUCGGCGCAGCCCCGCGCCUGCCCUGUUCAUGGGCUUUGUGGCCCCUGGCGGCGGGGGCUGAGCCCCGGCUCCUGGCCGCAGUCUCGGUGCAGAACCUGCACCUCUGCGAGGGCUACGUGGGCCCCGACGGCCGCUACCACCCCGGCUUCUACUGCCCGCGGCUGACCGACCCUGCCGGCCACCGCUACUGCUGCCAGGCCAGCCCGCUCGCCCUCAAGUCCUGCUGCUCCCAGCUGGCCCUGGAGGCCAUCACCGGGGUGAACCUCUCCAGCCUGGCCCCCCCCGGCCUCCUCCGGAACCCGCUGGCCCUGCCCUUCGUGGGGCUCUACGGCCUCCUCAUCCUCCUCCUCAUGGCCGUCGACCUCUUCCACUUCUACCGGACCCGGCGCUGUCGCCUCGGCCGCCUCCUGCCCCGCGCCCGC